AUGGAGAAUUGUUCAGAGGCAAAGGAGUUCAUCCUUGUGGGAAUAACAGAUGCCCCUGAACUUCAGGUGCCCCUCUUCACAAUAUUUACUAUCAUCUACCUCAUCACCAUGGUGGGGAACCUGGGAUUGGUAGUCUUGAUAUUUUGGGACUCCCGCCUCCACACACCCAUGUAUUUUUUCCUCAGUAACCUCUCUCUGACAGAUUUUGGCUACUCUUCAGCCAUUACUCCCAAAGUGAUGGCUGGAUUCCUCCCAGGGGACAAAACCAUCUCCUAUAGUGGAUGCGCUGCACAAAUGUUUUUCUUUGUGUACUUUGCCACAGUUGAAAGUUAUCUCCUGGCUGCUAUGGCUUAUGAUCGCCAGGUUGCUGUGUGUAAGCCCCUCCAUUACACCACCACAAUGACAUCGAGUGUGUGUGCUUGUCUGGCCAUUAGUUCCCAUAUUUGCGGUUUUCUUUUUUCUUCCAUUCACACAGCAAACACCUUCAGCCUCUCCCUUUGCAAGUCCAACAUAGUACAUCACUUUUUCUGUGACAUUCCACCUCUCUUGGUUCUCUCCUACUCUAUUUCAUACAUCAAUGAAGUGGUUGUCUACUUUGCUGUAGGAUUCAAUGUAUUUUUUGCCCUUUUUAUCAUCUUGAAAUCUUAUUUUUUAAUUUUCAUUGCCAUUUUGAGGAUGCACUCAGCUGAGGGCCGCCAGAAAGCCUUCUCUACCUGUGCUUCCCAUCUCACAGCUGUGUCCAUAUUCUAUGGGACAGUAAUCUUCAUGUACUUACAACCCAGUUCCAGACAUUCCAUGGACAUAGACAAAAUGGCAUCAGUGUUCUACACCAUGGUCAUCCCCAUGUUGAAUCCUCUGGUCUAUAGUUUAAGGAAUAAGGAAGUCAGUAGUGCUUUGAAGAAAAUCAUGGAGAAGACAAAGUCUUCAUUAGGUGCUUCCUAA